AUGGAUGCUGUUCUUAGAGGUGAUUCUGAUUGUUCAAUGGUAGGAAAAACUAUUAUCCUGCCUUCAUCGCACACUGGGGUACCCCGAUAUAGGGCUCAAAAUUAUCAAGAUGUAAUGACAAUUUGUAGAUGGGCUGGAUAUCCGGAUUUUUUUCUUACUUUCACUUGCAACCCAGAGUGGCCAGAAAUAAAUGAAAUGCUCCGCUUAAGUAACCAAGAGGGCGAUGAUAGCCGGGUUGACAUCAUAUGCAGAGUUUUCCAAAUAAAAUUAUUCCAACUAAUGCAAGAUUUGAAAAAGCAACAGUCUCUUGGGAAAAUAAUUGCCUACGACCAUAUUGAUAAAUUAAUAACAGCAGAAAUACCUGAUUUGGAGGUUGAUCCCGACGGUUAUAAUGUCGUCAAGAACUUCAUGAUGCAUGGACCAUGUGGAGAACACAAUCAUCAUUGCCCAUGUAUGAAGCAAGGAAAGUGCACCAAGCAUUUUCCAAAAAAAUUCAACGAUCGAACAACAUUUGAUGCAGAUGGAUUUCCAAUUUAUAAGAGAAGGAACACAGGUACUCAGGUCAAGAAAAAUGGAGUCUUAUUAGACAACAGAUAUGUUGUACCUUACAAUAAGAACUUGAUUGUCAAAUUUGGUGCACAUAUAAAUGUUGAGCUAUGCAAUUACUCAAGGUCGGUGAAGUACCUGUUCAAAUAUGUCAAUAAAGGAUCCGAUAGAGCAACAACAACUGUAGAAUGUACAGAUACUGCUGUAGAAAUUGAUGAGAUUAAAAGAUAUCUAGAUUGCAGAUAUAUAUCAGCUACGGAAGCUUGCUGGAGGAUAUUUAAAUUUGGCAUACAUCACAAAGAACCAGCAGUUGAGCGAUUGCCAUUUCAAUUAGAGGGAAAAAAUCCAAUAAUAUUCGAAGAAGAAAGAGACAAAACUUGGACCAAAAGGAGAAAUGGCAACGUAGUUGGUAGAAUUUACUUUGCUCAUCCUGGAAGUGGAGAACGUUUUUAUUUGAGAAUGCUGCUUAAUUUUUUCAAAGGGUGCACUUCAUUUGAAAGCAUCAGAAGAAUAAAUGGAGUAACGCACGAAAAUUAUAAAGAUGCAUGCUACGCUUUAGGAUUACUAGAAGAUGAUAAAGAGUGGAAUGGCUGCUUGGCUGAGGCUGUACUUUGGGCAACAGGAAACGAGUUAAGAAAUCUCUUUGUGACAAUACUUAUUCACUGUCAGGUAACUGAUUGUAGAAAAAUUUGGAAGACCAACUUUGAGAUUCUAUCAGAAGAUAUAAUAUCAUUACAGAGAAAGAGAUUUCGAUUGAAAGAUUUACAGUUGACAAAAAAACAACUUGAAGCAUAUACAUUAUUUGAGAUUGAAAGCAUCCUAUUGAAGAUCGGAAAAAGUCUGAAAGACAUAGAUGGAAUGCCACUCCCAGAUUCAGCUUUACUAAAUAAUGCCGGAAAUCGUCUUAUCACUACUGAGGAGCUAGACUAUGACAAAGAUGCUCUAAAAUGGUGCAUGACCAAUCAUUCCCGCUGUUAA